GGAUGACGGGCGAGGGCGGCCCUCCCGCGGCCUUGGUUGCGCAGAGCGUCACGGGGUCUGUGGGGGGCUGUCUGGCUGCAGUGUGUGGAGCCUUAGCUGCCGGUCCUCCCAGGUUCCCGGGGCCAUUGUCCGUCCUGGGUCACGAUCCUCCCCGUUUUGCCUCCCCCUGACGUUCGGAUCUCUUGUCCCCCGUGGUCCGCGGGCUGCCAUGCUCGGCCUUCUGAUGUUCUGGAAAGCACAGCCACGUGUGUAGGGGAGGGACAGAGACCUCCAGUAGCCUGUGUUCAGGGCUGAGACCACGUCUCAUCCCCCGGGGCCCGCCCCGUCACGUCCCUCCGUGGCGGCCUCUCCUCUGCCCCGUGGAUGGGGACAUUGUGAACAGUGUCUUAACUCAUGCGACAAAGCCGAGAAGUAAGGCGGUUGCUCCGAGGAAGAGGAACAAGUGGGAAAUCCGCAACGUGGAAAGUUUCCUUCAUGGCCUCUUCUGAGUACUCGGUGCCAGCUGGGUAUUUGAGCGCCUCUUCCGCUGCUCGUCAGGGGGCUCAGGAGGAAGCCGGCCGGCUGGCUGCUGUGGCCGGGGCCAUGAUCCGGGGACACCAGGAAGGACCUGGGUCCCGAGGGCCCAGGAGGCCUCUAAAGGCGUUUCUGAUAACUCAGAGAGAGGUCCGCGCUAAUCCUGCGCCUUUUAUGAACACCGACGAGUCCAGCCGUCCUCUGGGUGCGCGGACACGGGCGGAAGGAGACCCGGGACUGGAGAAACCACCCUCGCUCGUGUCGCUGGUGUCGUGGGACAAGAACAUUCUGGAAACAACUGGUGAAGUGCCAUUAAGUGUGUUCAGUGGGAGAACAGGGGCUGCUUCGGAUCCAGGCGACAGUGCCAACAGAAACAACCGGGAACCUUCCGUUACAAUCUCCAGCUCCUGGAGCAGCUGUGGCCCGCGCCCCUGUCGCCGACGGAUGUGUGUGGUUGGGAAAGUGAGCAGUGCCUUCUGUGGUCUUCCCCAGUGCACCCGCCCCGUGGUGGGCUCCUGCAGCGUGACGGUGGGGAUCCCCUCCUGCACCACGGGACGGCAGCGCUCUGCAGAGGACGUGGCCCCGGACCUGCUUCCAGGGACUGACGUCACGUCGGCCGCUGUCACUAUGGGGGCCCUGGUUGGGGCGCGUGCAUCCGCUCAAACCAGCGCCCCGAUUUCACAUUCUCCCACCUUGCCCAGAAGCUCCCUCGGCCACGAUGGCUCGGUGUCCUGGCCUCGUCACAAGCAGCUCUGUCCCCUCGCUCAGUGUCUCCCUGGGGCCAUCUCCGUGCAAGGUCCUGCCGACGCAGUCGAUCCCACCGUUCGUUGCUUCCCAGAAGCUGACACUCAGGCCCCUCCGAGUCUGGGGUUCUGGGUCCAGGUGGCUUCUGAUGCGAGUCUGUGUCUGCUCCUGGAUUUCGGGGACGGCUGUGGGGUUCAAGUGAGGAUCCGCGACGUGUCCGAGGGAACGGCAGUCACCGCCUUCCACCAGUUUGGGAAAGAAGGAGUCUAUACGCUCAAGGCAGUUAUUCACAGUGAGUUCCGUGGAACUGAAAAGGAGCUCGGCCCCUAUUAUGUGGACAUCGGCCCUGCGACCGUGUCUGUGUCCAUGAACUCCAGCAGCAUCCACAAGGACGGGCUUCUUGUCCUCACGGACUCCCUCACGGAUCAGAAAGGCACUGUCGUCACACAUCGUUUUCCAACUGGGUCCUCGUGGAACGUGUCCUUCACUUCUCGGACACCAGCGGGCGGCGGCCAGGUGUGGAAACCCGUGACUGUUCAGUUCCAGAUGCAGCCCGUCUCUGUCUACACUAAUGGAACCGUGUUUCCCACUGACACCGACAUCACCUUUCUGGCUGUGACCAAGGAGACGGUCCCCCUGGAGUUCCUGUGGUAUUUCGGAGAAGGCCGACCCAUGAGGACAACUUCCAGGAGCGUUAGGAAAAGACUCCGCAUCCCCCAGUGGUACAGCGUGACGGUGCAGGCUUCCAGCAGGCUGGGCAGGGUGGCCUCAGAGCCCCACCGCAUCAGGGCACAGAGGAGAAUCGUCGCCAAUCGGCUCGCGUCCCCAUCCUCGGCUCUGCUCAACACCAGCGUGACCUUUGAGUGCAGACUCAACUUCGGCAGUGAUGUCGCUUUCCUGUGGGACUUCGGGGAUGGCGCCGUGGGCCCGGGGGGCAGCUCUGCCAGUCACAGCUACAGCAGGGAAGGGGAGUUUACCGUCCAGGUCCUCGCCUUCAACGAUGUCAGCACCGCCUCCCUGAGAAAGCAACUUUUCAUCGUGCGUGAGCCCUGCCAGCCGCCCCCGGUGAAGAACAUGGGGCCGGGGAAGGUGCAGGUGUGGAGAUCUCAGCCCGUGAACCUGGGUGUGACGUUUGAGUCUGUGAUCCUCUGUGACAUCUCCCAAGGCCUCUCCUACACCUGGACCUUCUGGAACUCCGAGGGGGCACGGGUACCCCUGCCCCCUGGUGUCAGCACUCACGGGCAGACCCUCACCGUCCCUGGCUACUUCCUGCAGCCCGGGAACUACACCGCGCUUGCCAAGGUUCAGGUGGAAGGCAGCGUCGUGCACAGCAGCUACCGUGUGGGGGUGGAGGUGCGAGCCCGGGCCCCCGUGAGCGUCAUCUCCGAGGGCACGCACCUGUUCAUCUCCAGAGCCCCCUCGUCCAUCAUCGUCCUCAGGGGAUCCCAGUCCUAUGACCCAGACAGUCCUGGAGCCGUUCUCAGGUAUCACUGGAAGUGCACCGCGGCCAGCGCCCCUGGGCACCCCUGCUUCUCCACCUCCUCUCCACGCAGCCUGGACGCCGGGGCUCCCACCCUUUCCUUUCCUGCGGACUCUCUGAGCAACAGCUAUGACCAGUUUCUCGUGACACUGAUGGUGUCCAGCGGUGGCCGGAACUCUUCAGAGGCACAGGUGUUCCUGUCCCCUCGCCCCGACUUGGCACUCAGAUUCGUCCACAUCUCCUGGGUCAACUUUAGAGACGUCUUUGUUAACUGGAAUGAGGAACUUUGUCUUCAGGCUGAGUGCGAAGUCUGUGGCCAAGUAUCCGGGCUGUCCUACUCCUGGGACCUCUUCCUGGUCAACGCAACAGAAGGGACUAGUGUGGAAGUUCCCUUUUGUAGGACGGUGGGGCUGCUGGGCUCUGCCGGGCUAGGGGCCGUUUCCAGGCCACCAGAGUCCAGUCCACCGUCCACGGAGCCGAGCUGGCUGGAGUGCCACACAACGGGAGCGCCAUUCUCACAGGAGCCGUCGCCACAGACCCAGGGCCAGCCCGGCCUUUCAGCCACGGGGAAACCCUCCUCAGGGCCCACGGUCAGCCGACACUGGGUCCCCGCCACGGGUGACGCUGCGGCCCCAGGAGUGACUCCCCAGGACCAGGGCUCUCCAGGACCCAGCUCCCCUGGAGGAAGUUCGCCCUCCCAGGGCCUGUCCCCUUCCCCCUCUGAUUUUGAAGCCUAUUACGGCAAUAUCCAAGAAGCAGAGCUGUCCAGAGGGAGACAGCCCGCUGACUGGCCCAACCCCAGCCUCCCAGGAUCAGAUCCGAGUUCCAGUGCCGACAGGGGCCGUGGUGACGGGGACAACCUGCUGGGCCCCUUGCCCCCCACCGCUGCUGCCGGGUCCCCUCUCAUGGUUGACUGGCCCAAGUCCCCGGUGGGCCGCACACUCUUCCACGGCUACACCGCCUCCGGUAUCACGGGACAGACUGUGACAAUCAAGCCAUUCGCACUGAGCCCUGGGAAGACCUAUGUCCUGCAAGCCUCUGUGGCCUCCAAGCACGGCUUCCUGGGGCGAGCUCAGCUUUAUGUGACGCUCAGGCCAGCUCCGUGGGCCGUGACCUGUCAAGUGCAGCCACAUCGUGGCCUCGAGGCACACACCGUCUUCAGCAUCUUCUGCAUGUCAGGGAGACCGGACUUCCAUUACAAAUUCAGUUACCAGAUAGGAAACGGGUCCAGACACACUUUGUACCGCGGGACAGACACCCAGUACUACUUUGCGCUGCCUGCGGGUGAGCCCUUGGAUGACUAUAAAGUCAUGCUGUCCACCGAGAUCACAGAUGGCUCGGGCUCCCGAGUACAGCCAUGUGCCGUGGCGGUGACUGUGCUGCCGCGUCUCCACGGGGGUCUCUGCCUGGACGAGGACAUAUAUAAUUCCAGCCUGAAGCACCUGUCCACCCUCCAGCUGAUGGGCAGUUACGCAGAAAUCAGGAACUACAUCACCAUGAUCGCCAGGAUCCUGAGUCGCUGGGCUGCGGAGGACAGAAGUCCCCCGUGCGGCCAGUGGUCACGAAUACAGGAUGCGCUGAUUUCUUCCGCAUGCAGACUGCCUUCCACAGAUCAGGAGGAAAUGCUUGAUUCUGUUCUCCUGUUCAGGGACCUCCUGCGCUUCCCUCACAAGGUAAGCUUUACGAGUGCAGCUCUCGUCCUGAAGUCCACCCAGGCGCUCCUGGCUCAGAGCCUGCUCUCGGGGAGGCCCGCGGUGGCCAAGGGCACGAUGCUGGAGCUCAUACUGCUGGUGUCUGCCAUUUGGGAAGUGUCCGACCAGGAGACCCCGAGGAACGUGGGCUUCCUCCAAGAAGAGGGCAUUAAGGUCAUCUCGGCCCUCUUGUUGGACAGUCUCUCUGCAGCCAAGGAGCGUCAGCUCUGCGUCAGCGCUGGGCAGAUGGAGUUCUGCACACUUCUUCAUCACGACCGUCAGGGCGCCAUGCAGAGCCUGGGCCCCGUGCGCGUGCAUUUACCCGGCGGCCUGGCCGGACAGAGGCCUGCGGCGGCGGGGAUGCAAAGCCCGUGUUACAUUAGCCAGCUCAUGCUCUUCAAGAAGAACCCAUAUCCGGGGCGACGAGCUCCCGGCCAGAUUGGCCCGCUUGUUGCCCUGUCCCUGUUCACCUGCUCCGGCAGAAGGCCCAUCAGCAGGCAGCAGCUGAGGGAGCCUGUGGUCGUGGAGUUCGGGGAGGAAGACGCCCUGGGUAAGAGGAGAAACAGGACGACCUUUGCGUUGCUUCGGGAGACAGUGAAUUUUCAUCGGUUCACCGGGCGUUCCCAAAGCCCCCAGGAGUCUCUGCAGAUAAGGAUAGAAUUCUCUAGGCCCGUUUCAAGAGCGUUCCCGGUCAUGGUGCUGGUAAGGUUCUCUGAGAAACCUACUCCUUCCGAUUUUCUUGUGAAAAAGGUCUACGUCUGGGAUGAGCCGAUGGUACACAUGUAUGUCCCUGCCGCUUCUCUGAGAGACACGAGCUUGGGAUACUUAUCCUUACUGGAUGCUGACUAUGACAGAAGCCCUCGGAACAAGUAUUUCGCCAAGGCCGUCAACUACACUGUGCGUUUCCAGUGGCUCCAAUGCAUCUUCUGGGAAAUGAGGGAAUGGAGGUCUGCAAACUCCUCUCCGCAGCCAGGAGCUUCUCCAGGGAAAGUGAGCUGCAGCUACGAUCGCCUCGCACCAGUCUCUGUCGCAAGAAGAAACCUGAGCGCCGGCUUUUCAGUGGAGGGCGUUUCCAAGCUGCAGAGACACCCGGAAAACCUGCUUCCCAGUAUUUUGAUUGCGGUUUCUAUGGUUCUCUAUGCACUUUUGGUUACCAAAACCAGGCAUGUGGAUCGUCACGAGAGAGAGAAGGUGGGGUACAUUUUCCUGCAAGAAGACACUCCAGCCGACCACCAGCUAUACGCGGUUGUCGUAGACACAGGCUUCCGGGCUCCAGCCCACUGUAGCGCCAAGGUUUACAUUGUUUUAUGUGGAGAAAAUGGAGUUUCAGAACCCAGAGAACUCUACUGUCCAGAGAAGCCCCUGUUUGAAAGGAACUCCAGACACACCUUUGUCCUGAGCGCCCCGGCUCUGCUGGGCCCGCUCUGCAGGAUCCACCUCUGGCAUGACAACCGCGGGCCCUGUCCUGCCUGGUACGUGAGCCACCUCAUGGUACAGGAGCUGCGCUCCGGGCCCGCGCGGCGCUGGUUCUUCCCCGCUGAGUGCUGGCUGGCGGCGGGCCGGGGGGACGGUUGCGUGCAGCGGGAACUGGGCUGCCUUCGCCGGGGACCCGGCUUCUGGAAGCUCUUGUAUUCGAAGUUCACGGAGUAUCUGGAAGACUUCCACGUCUGGACCUCCGUGUACAGCCGGCCCUCGCCCAGCGGCUUCCUGCGCACCCCGCGCCUCACCGUCGCCUUCACCUUGCUGUGCGCAUACGCGUGUCUCGCUGCCCUGGUCACCGCCUCGAGGCAAGAGCGGCUCCCGUGGGCUCUGGGCUCCCCCGACGCGGCCUAUGGGUCCUUCCAGAUGGGUCUCCUGUGCACCCUGCUGGUGUCUCCCGCGGCUCAGCUCUUGUCGCUGCUCUUGAGGCUCGGCCAGGAGCCCAGCGGGCCUCGCCGAGUGAAGCCCUGCCUGCCCCCGAGGAGGGCGCCCAUGGGGGCAGCACAGGGCCCUAACUUCCAUGGCAGGACACCAGAGGCUCGGAAGAUACACAAGCAUAACGCUCUCCCUGGGCACGCCGGGGCCCGCAGAAGGGCAGCAGGCGGUGACGAUGCAGGCGGUCCGACCCCGGAGCUGGAGGCCUGCGGAGCUGACCCCCGCCAGCGGGCCGAGGGGGAGGAGGGGGCACAAGUCCCCACCAGUGGGUCUGGACGACUUGCUGUGCUCCAGUGGCCGAGGGCACCACCGCCUUGGUCGGGCUUCGCAGCGUGGGCCACUUGCUGGAUGGUGUCUGUGGCCUGUGGCUUGGGGACGGCAUUUCUGGGGUACAGGUUUAACCCGACACAAUGUGCACAGUGGCUGCACCUGCUGACCCUGUCCGUGCUGUGCUGUGUUUUUGUCACCCAGCCACUUCUGGUUGGCCUCGUGGCCUUGGGCUUUGCCUGGAGAAAGAGAGACGACCCACAUUUCUUCACCGAGUCUCUGCGUGAGGCCACCAAGGACCUGGGCUCUGAGCUGGAAGGACGUGUAAGGUCCCCCACGGCCCACCGUGCAAGCCAGAUGGAGGAGAUGGUGGCUGCCCGACAGCGAGCACGCCGCCUGCGCUGGGCACGUCCACCGUCCACGGCCCAGCUCAGCGUCACCAGGGAGAGGAUGAUGAGAGAGACCCGGACGCGGGUGGCCCUGAGAGACGUUUGCAUGUACACCCUCAUGCUGCUCCUGCAUUGGUUUGUACUGUGUGGGAAAGUCUCCCAGGAUGAAUAUUUCCUCAAUCAAGCUAUCCGGAAUGAGUUUACAAGGAAUGCCAGGAGCUCCUCCGGCGGCCUGACAAGUGUGGGGGCCUGGUGGGACUGGAGUCUGACCACGCUGCUGGAUGGCCUGCACGGGCGAGGCGCCCACACAGCCGGCGUGCCACGUGCUCAGCCUGGAGCCCUUGGCGGGAAGUGCUACCUCAUGGGCGCUUUGGUCAUUAAACAGCUGAGAGCUUCCUCUGACAGCGAGUGCGAGCUUCCCAGCCCACCUUCAGUGCUUACUGAAGACUCUCCUCCUAUACGUAGCCCCCAAGUGGCAGCCACCGACACCAGCUCUGUGACAGAUCCGGCCAUCCAGGGAGUGGCUGCAAGUGGCCCCAGGGACUACGGGGCGAGGGAGCACUGGGUGCUCAGCCUGGGCAGCACAAGGGCGGCAGCGCACGCGGCCCUGAGCAGCCUCAGGACCAGCAGGUGGAUAGACCAUAGCACCAGAGCCGUGUCCGUGCACUUCACUCUCUAUAACCCUCCGACUCAACUCUUGUCCAGUGUGUCCCUGCGCGCUGAACUGCUCCCUGCAGGGGGCCUGGCCCUCUCCCCGCUGGUGGAGUCGGUGGCCGUCUUCCACAGCGACUCGUCCCGGUGGUACCGCCUCACGCUUCCUGAGCUGGUCUUCCUGGCGCUCAACCUGAUCGGCCUGUGUCUGCACCUCUCUGGCAUGGCUGAGACGGGCGUCCGCAGCUACUGGCACAGCCCGGGGCGCUGGCUGGAGCUCACCUUGGUUGGAGCCGGCCUCGCCUACCACGCAGCCUCCAGCCACCUGGUCACUCUCACCGGGGAGAUGGCCGACCACUUCCAAAAGGGACUUUUCCACGAGUUUCUAGACCUCAGUCUUGUGACUUCAUGGAAUCAGAGGGUGUCGUGGCUGCAGGGGACCCUGUCAUUCGUCCUGACGCUGAAGUGCAUCUGCCUCGUUGGUGUCCAGACACCCGUGGCAUCCUGCUCCUUCCUGACACGCCGUUCUUUCGCUGGUGUCUUCGCGGCAGGGCUGGCGGGCGUCCUGAUGCUAGCAGCCCACUCCCAUCUGCGCGUGGCACCGCCUGGCACCUUCACGGACGUCUCCCGAGGCCUGCCGUUCCGUUUUCCAGGAAGACGCCAAAGAGACAUGUUCCCCGGUCUUUCCAAGUCUGACCCGCGGGCCCCAGCUUGGUGCUGCGGGGCUUUCUUUAUAGUAACGAGCACCGUGUGGUUGGGAACGCUGAGAGGUUCCCUCAUGACUCUUGUUCGAAAAAGAAAAUCUUUCCAAAGCAAAUCCCUCGUGCGUCUAGAAGACGUGACUGCGUGCGUGUGGGGACAGUGCCUGGCCUUGCUGGGACUGGAGCGGCCACAGCGGGAAGAGGCUGAGACAGUCGAAAGUCAGCAUUACUACCUGGAUGAAGUCUCAGAUCUGCUAGAGGAACUUCUCUUGAAGAUUAAUGGCUUGUCCGACAGCCUGCGACUUCCUCUUCCAGAGCAGCAAUCCUGUGAUGAGACAGAGGCCAGGGCAGAAGGUGGUCCCUUGGGGAGCAUUUCUGCCUAACAAGCCACUGGGCCGGAAUCAGCAAAGAUAGUGAGAAACAGAAAUGGAAAUUCCAUGCUCCCAGACCCCAGGAAAUAUCUGUGAUCCAGAACGUGACCAAGAAUCCCCCAAAAUGACAGCCAAUACAGUGAAAAUUAGACCAAAGGGAGAGAGGACCUGGCCACUCCCAAGAGCACACAUUCUCCAACCUCAACAGCACACGUGGGGGUCAGCCAAAGGCCCCUGGUCUGGAAGAAAAGAGCUACAGAAAUCCCCGGGAACCUCAGCCCUCAUGGGCUGAACGACAGCCUCCUGUUUCAGAAGCCGUCUGUUGAUGUGGUGGCCAGUGGAGGGGCUGUUGGCGGCCCAUGGGCCCAGAGCCACCCAGAUUCACACACAGGGGUUGGACGCAGUGAAAAGGCAGAGGAGUGUGAGGCGUGUUCUCGGGGGGCUCCCUGAGGUCCAGAGAGAGGCUGUGCAGCCCAGACGCACGGUCAUGCAGCCCAGACGCACGGUCACACAGCCCAGUGGCGUGGGCGUGCUCCCUGGCCGCAGCGAGGUGGACCCCCUCACGCAGAAGGGUGUGCUCAUGAUAAACGCAGAUCAACCAUGGGACCGUGCGACAGGCUGCUGAGAGAGCAGCCGUUAAAGAUGAUGGUAACAAAGGAGACAGAGACCAGGCCAGGAGAGGAUCAUCACGGACCCGUCAGGCCGUAGGCAAGUGUACUCCAUGCACAGGCCCGAAUGCACCGAAAAGUUUUACUUCUCUGAGUAAGAGUGCAAAGCCACGAUGGAAGGUUGCUUGCUCUCUCUGUCUCUCAAAAAUAAACAUUAAAAAUAAGAUAGAAAAGUGAAUUUCUGCAUUAAAAAAAAAAGAACCACAAAGGAGAAAUUGACAGAGUUGAGGAAAGAAAAGGAGCAGAUGGCCGGAAACACAGGCCGAGCAAAAGAAAAAUGAGUUCACAAGAGAGACUGAAGGAUACAGGUGGCAAAUUUGAGAACACUCAGCAAAAUGAGAUACUUUUAUUUUUUAUUCUUUUAUUUUUUUAAUGUUUUGUUGUUUGUUUUUGAGAGAGAGCGCGCACACAAGCAGGGGAGGGGCAGAGAGAGAGGGAGACACAGGAUCUGAAGCAGGCUCCGGGCUCCGAGCUGUCAGCACAGAGCCCGACGUGGGGCUCGAACUCACAGACCUGAACCGAGGUCAGAUGCUUAACCGACUGAGCCACCCCAGGCACCCCUAAAAGAAAAAACCUGUUUAAAUGUGCAUGUCAGUGGAAAAUUGGGCAAAUGGUAGGAAAAGCAUAAUUUUUACAGAAUAGGAAUUAAGUUGUGUGGGGAACUUAGAAGAAAAACAAUCUAUUAAGAAAGGACAGAUGCCACUAACGUU